AUGGACAGCGCAGUCUCAGAAAAGAGGCCCGAUAUCGAGGCCAUAACGCCGGCCAGCCCCGUGGAAGUCGGGUCCAAAUUUGGAAGUGUCGACGAGGCCGAAGUCUUUGUGACCGGACAGGAUGGCGUCAACUUCAGAACAGUUGGUUGGAUCAGGGCGUCCAUGUUCUUCCUCAAGAUGACGUUUGCCGCGGGUGUCCUCUCCAUCCCCGCGGCGCUCUACAACCUUGGUGCUGUUGCCGGGGCCAUUUUCAUUGUGUUCUGGGGUGCGCUCAACACCUAUUGCGCGGUUCUCCAGGGCCAGUUCAAGCUCAGGUACCCCUCGGUCCAUACCGUAGCGGACAGUGCGCACAUCGCGGCGCUUGAGAUGGGGUUUACGAAGAAGAACGCUUGGGUCGUGAAAGAGAUCACCGAGUUCGUCUACCUCUUUACCUGGAUCCUCUGUGCGGGUGUCUCGACCCUCGGCUUUUCCAUUGCCCUCAACGCCGUCUCGAAGCACGGAACUUGCAGUGUCACAUUUGGCUUCGUUGCCUACAUCAUUGUUGCCUCGGUUGCCAGCAUCAGGAAGAUUCACAAUCUUGGCUGGAUUACCUGGGUCGGGUUCAUUUCUAUUGUCACCGCCAUCAUGAUUGUGGUCAUUGCUGUCACCGUACGGGAUCGCCCGGCGGCCGCGCCUCAGACAGGAGACUUCGACCUUGGCUUCGCUGCCCUUCCUCCUGCUGGAACAACCUUUGCCACUGCAUGGUCGGCUUCAUUGGCCAUCUUUUCGUCCUCGGCCAAUACGUCCGGGUUUGUUCCGGUGAUAUCGGAGAUGCGAAGACCACAAGACUAUUUCAAGAGCGUGUAUGUCUGCAUGGCCUGGAUCACGUCGUCCUAUCUGGCGCUGGCUACGACCGUCUAUGCCUAUUGCGGCAGAUGGGUUGCCUCGCCCGCCUUGGGCUCCGCAGGUCCAACAAUCAAGAUAAUUUCAUACGCCAUUGCGAUCCCAGGCCUGAUUGCGGGCACCAUGAUCUGCGUCCAUGUGGCAGGGAAAAGCAUUUUUGUCCGCAUCUUGCGAAACACCCACCAUCUGACCCAGAAUACAAAGACACACUGGGCCGUUUGGUUGUCGUGCACAUACGGAACGGGGCUGCUCGGUUGGAUUCUGUGUGAGGCGAUUCCGUUCUACGGUAGUCUAGUUUCACUGAUUGGGGCCCUCGGCUUCGGAUACCUGGGUGUCUGUAUCCCUGCCGUCCUCUGGUUUGUCCUGAACGAAGGCGCCCGCAAGCGUUCGGCAACAAUGAUGGUCCUGUGGUAUGCACAUAUCGGAAUAUUCGUGCUUGGUCUGUUGAUCACCGUCGGAGGGACUUACGCCAACGUGGUGAGCAUUAUUGAUCAAUACAGGACAGGGCAGGUUGGGUCGGCGUUCAGCUGCGUCGAUAACAGCAACACCGUUGCUGGAGGCUAG